AUGUCUGAUUAUCUUCCUCAGGAAGUAUGGGCCAACGUUUUCCUCCGGCUACCCGUGAAGACGCUCAUCGGAAUACGGUCGGUCUGUAAGUACUUCGACCACAUCAUCCUCAGCCCCUCUUUCAUUUCCGACCACCUCGCACACUCCAAGCAAAAUCAAAUCCCUAUCGUUCGAUACCUAAGGGGAAGAGAAAAAUCCAAGCGAAAAGAGCACUACGCGCUCAUACCCAAUGACCUCGAAUACCUCGAAGACAUUCGAGAAAUCGAUUUCCCAUUUAGGUCUGAAUGCUACAAACAUUUCAAGGUAAUCGCCGCCUGCAACGGGUUGAUCUGUUUGUCCGAUGAGAGUUACCGUCGCGCUCGCGGGAUUAUACUGUGGAACCCGUCAAUCAAAAGGUACUUAGCCCUCCCCAAACCUCAAUUGUCUCUCAAAUCCCUCAAGGCAUUUAAUUUCACAUAUGUGGUCGGUUUCGGGUAUGACUGUGGGUCGGACGACUAUAAAGUAUUGAGGAUUACGUAUGUAUAUGGAUUCAGAGGCGGGAAAAAACGGCGUAUCGACCCACCUAAGCCGGGUCCCGUAAUUGAAAUGUACACAGUCAAGUCGGGGUCUUGGAGGAAUUUAAAUAUAGACGAGCUAACUUUUCCUCGUCUGUUUCAUGAGACCAAUCAGGCUUUCGUGCGGGGAUGCUUGCAUUGGCCGAAUGGGUGGUGGUCUUCGAUUGCUUGUUUCGAUUUGAGAAAUGAGGCGUUUAAUGGAGGUAUAGAUUUGCCCGAGAGUGCACGCGAGUGGGACUGGAACUUUCACUUUCACUUGGCGGUGCUUGGGGAAAAGCUUGCCCUUGUAGUGGACCGCACCGCGGUCAAGGGGAUUGCUCAUGUGUGGGUCAUGGAGGAGUAUGGGGAGGUGGGAUCGUGGAGGAAGCUGUACAAUGUAGAUACAAUGCCGAAAUAUUUAAUGUUCGUGGGGUUCACGGACAAUGGGAACAUAAUGGGCACCAUAGACCGUAACAAGCUUUAUUGUUACGAUCCAGACAAGGAUUACUUGAACAAUCUGUGCAUUCGUGGGGCCAUGGGCUCGUUCCACGUGGAGAUGUAUAUGGAGAGUUUGAUUCUGGUUGAUGGGGAGAGCGCGGUUUCCAGGUCGGUGGCUAUUACCUGUGAAGGUGAAGAUUGGUGA